ACUUCCCAGCCGAACUACAUAUUGGACUCACUGCAGCCCAAGCGAGCUCGCACUCCAGCUUGGCGUUCGGUGUGGAUCAGACGCUCCGGUCCUUUCAUUCACUUUCUUUUGUUUUUUUUCAUUUUUUGCGCGGACACCCACCGACAAUAAGCAGCCAUGGAUGCCAUCAAGAAGAAGAUGCAGAUGCUCAAGCUCGACAAGGAGAACGCCUUGGACAGAGCAGAGCAGGCCGAGUCAGACAAGAAGGCAGCUGAGGACAGGAGCAAACAGCUUGAAGAUGACCUGGUGGCACUGCAGAAGAAGCUGAAGGGAACUGAGGAUGAGUUGGACAAAUACUCUGAAGCCCUGAAGGAUGCCCAGGAGAAACUGGAGCUGGCUGAGAAGAAAGCCGCAGAUGCUGAGGGCGAUGUAGCUUCCCUGAACAGACGCAUCCAGCUGGUUGAGGAGGAGUUGGACCGUGCUCAGGAGCGUCUGGCCACAGCUCUGACCAAGCUGGAGGAGGCUGAGAAGGCUGCUGAUGAGAGCGAGAGAGGCAUGAAGGUCAUUGAGAACAGGGCAAUGAAGGACGAGGAGAAGAUGGAGCUGCAGGAGAUCCAGCUGAAGGAGGCCAAACACAUCGCUGAGGAGGCUGACCGCAAAUACGAGGAGGUGGCCCGUAAGCUGGUGAUCAUUGAGAGUGACCUGGAACGUACAGAGGAGCGUGCUGAGCUGUCUGAGAGCAAAUGCUCUGAGCUUGAGGAAGAGCUGAAAACCGUACAGAACAACCUGAAGUCUCUGGAGGCCCAGGCAGAGAAGUACUCACAGAAGGAGGACAAGUACGAGGAGGAGAUCAAGGUUCUUACAGACAAGCUGAAGGAGGCUGAGACCCGUGCUGAGUUCGCUGAGAGAUCAGUCGCCAAGCUUGAGAAGACCAUUGAUGACCUUGAGGACCAUCUAUACAAGCAGCUUGAGAAAAACCGUCUUCUGAACAAUGAACUGAGAGUAGCUUUAAACGAGGCCUAACCCCGGACCGGCCUCUCGUAUGCUUUCAUUCUUCUGAAACUCAAAUGUCCAGGCAUAUUGUCUAAUGCUGUGGUAUAUAAAGAGUGUAGACAACCGUGUCCACGACACAAAAAAACUAAACCAAGUCAUGCUUUCAACAAACGGGAUACAAACGUACGACUUUAACAUUAUGCAUGCUCAAACUGCAGAUUCAGGUGGGAGGUCAGACGACCUCAGGUUAUGAAUGGAUUAGUUUUUUUUGUUUUUUUUCGCUGUUAUCGACAGGGCUGUACUGUAGCAAAUCAGUCCAGUUGAAUCCUGCAUGGUGCUCCGGCUCAUGGGGUGAAAGCUGGAGAAAUGCUAGAGGUCGAUGGCUGAGGAAGGCUCAUAAAAUGCUGAAAGGACUCCAGAAUCCCUUCCAACAUCCCAGAAGCCCCCUUGUUAUGUCAUAAUGACGAACCAGAAAGGAUACGUUUUCAACCAAAAAAACUCAUAAAUUGAAAGACGCAGUGUGUUCGGCGUUGCUGAGAACCAGAAUUGGCUUGUUGGAGUUUUUUUGUAUUUUUUUUUAUCUCUUAUCUGUAGCAUCUCAGUCAGGACACACAUCAGUGUUUUUGAUCAUUUGCUUUGCAUUAACAAUACAUUUGAUUUCGGUGAUGUGGUUGUGAACCGUGUGACACUCCGGAGCAAGGUUACAAAAUCACCCCUCAACUCAAAUUAAAUAAGCAUGAGGACUGGUUAAUGAAAGGAAGAUAAAUUGGGGGUAAAAUCAGUGCUCAAGAGUUUUUUUCCUUUGAGCUGAGCCUGUUCUGGCAGGGUGCUUGGACACGAUACUGUAGGUCACAAAAUCUGUUGCCACACAGACUUGGUCAAGAGCCAUUAUUCUGUCCAAAACCCAGCUCACGCAGUCUUAAAUACAGCCCUGUCUAUAGCUUAUUUACAGUGAAUUGGCUCACAGACUUGGAGAUGAGGACAUGUACUUACUGAAUGCUAACUUCUGCUAUCAAAAACUAAAUGUUUGUAACAAUACCACCAGAUGUCUAACACCUUUUUGCGGGACUAGAGCUUCGUCUGUUUAUAUUCUGUGCAUCUUUAUGCUGUCUGCCUUUUUUUUUAACUGAUGCAAU